AGCCUGUUGCUCACGCUCAUCAAAUAGCCGCUUUUUACUCUACAUGCCUGCUGUCUGUUCAUAGAUGGAGCAGAGUGAGACCAGAAUAUCAGCAGGAGCUGUGAAAAAAAUCUUCAUCAUCCCUAAAUCUGCAUUUUCCUUAUUCCUUCAGACUUCUUUAGCAAACUAACAAGAGGAACUGAUAAAAAAAGGCAGUGAGAACAAGCUGAUGGGAGGCUGAGCACAGCGAUGUUAGCAGACCACUAAAGAUGACCCUGUUGGCCGGUGACGGUUCUGACUAUGACUACAGCGCUCUGAGCUGUGCCUCCGACACCUCCCUCAACCCUCCGCCGCAACAAGAAGAACAAGCCCGGAAAGGCGCCUUCUACAAAAGGGCCCAGCCCGCCCCUGAGGUCAGCGCCGUUGCUGAAAACCCGCCGCUGUCCGGCGCCCGCAGGCUCCACGCCAUCAUCAACGUGGGCGGUCUGCGUUACCAGCUGCCCUGGACCACCUUGGAGGACUUCCCGUUGUCCCGUCUGGGCCAGCUGCACCUCUGCAGCAGCUUUGACGAGAUCAUGCUGAUAUGCGACGACUACGACGUGGCUCGAAACGAGUUCUUUUUCGACCGAAGCCCCUGUGCUUUCCGCACAAUCCUCACCUUCCUGAGGGCGGGCAAGCUCCGUUCCCUUAGGGAGAUGUGCGCCCUCUCCUUCAGAGAGGAGCUGCUUUACUGGGGGGUCCCCGAGGAGAACCUGGAGUGGUGCUGCCGCCGGCGUCUGCUGCAGCGCAUCGAAGACUUCGAAGCGAUGGAGAGGGCCGAGGAGGACGACGAGCUUUUGGAGGACCUGAUGGGUUCCGAGAACAGCGGCCACAGGCAUCACACGGCCGAGUCCAAACUCGGUCAGUGCAUGGGCAAGCUGAGAGACAUGGUGGAGAGGCCUCAGUCUGGCCUGCCCGGAAAGAUCUUCGCUUGCUUGUCUGUUUUGUUUGUCACCAUUACUGCCGUCAACCUCUCCAUCAGUACUAUGCCAGCCAUGAGAGAAGAGGAGGAGGCGGGUACAUGCUCCAAGAUGUGCUACAACAUCUUCAUCGUGGAAACCGUGUGUGUCGCCUGGUUCUCCCUGGAGUUCACCCUGCGCUUCAUCCAAGAUAGCAGCAAGCUGACUUUCCUCAGGAAACCCCUGAACUUGAUCGACGUUGUGGCCAUCUUGCCCUACUACAUCACGCUGAUGGUGGACAGCACCUCCACGGGUGAGAAGCGACUGGGUUCUGGCAGCUCCUACUUAGAUAAAGUGGGCUUGGUGCUGCGUGUGCUCAGAGCUUUGCGCAUCCUUUAUGUCAUGCGACUAGCUCGCCAUUCCCUGGGCCUGCAAACUCUGGGCCUGACGGCCCGUCGAUGCACGCGGGAGUUCGGACUGCUCCUCCUUUUUCUGUGCGUGGCCAUCGCUCUGUAUUCCCCCUUACUGUACUUGAUUGAGAACGAAAUGGCCACCCAACAGGAAUUCACAAGCAUCCCCGCCACCUACUGGUGGGCCGUCAUCACCAUGACAACGGUGGGCUACGGAGACAUGGUGCCGAGGAGCAUCCCGGGUCAGGUGGUGGCCCUGAGCAGCAUCCUGAGCGGGAUCCUCCUCAUGGCUUUCCCGGUCACCUCUAUCUUCCACACGUUCUCGCGUUCCUACGUGGAGCUGAAGCAAGAGCAGCAGAGGCUCCUGCAGAGGAGGACGCACUUCCUGCUACGCAGCCGAAUGGCCGGCCUGGGCAGCAACCUCUCGCUGGAGAGCGAUAUACUCUUCCCCAUUGGGUCAUCUGAGACACGACACAUGGACGACUAAGAAUUUUGGGACUGGAUAGUGCAUGAGAGUUUUGACAAAGAUACUACACGAGAAGAAGAUUGGCCUGAAAAAGAAAGUGUUAUAAUGUUGAAAUAUUAAAUAUACAGUAAAAAAGAAAAAGACAAGCUUUGAAUUAUAAAGAUUUACAUAUUCAAAGGUGAUAAUACAUCGUAUGAACUUCGGCAGAACUUAAAAUUUGAAAUAUACAACCUCAAAUGACUGCGUCAUUGUUAAAUAACUAAAAGUCAGAAGUAUUGUAUAAAAAACUAAGUGCAUCCUAAAAGCUUGCAAAGGGAUCAGGACAGAAACUGGCAGCCAAGUGCAGCAAACGGAUUAUCAGUAAGUGUGAGGUGAGCACCUCUCUCUGAGCAAAACUAGUCAUUUGCUAAAGUGUGGCCUUUUUAACUACUGAGUUCACAACUCUUUAGUUGUAUUAACACACUUGAAAAGGGUAUUGUUACACAUCAGACUAGUAAAUGGUCAUAUGACCAAAUUCAACCAAUUUGGAAUCCACCACUAUAUUGUGAAAAAGCUGGAAAUGGAAACAUUUAAGACAAUUAUCAGAAAUCCAAAAAAGAGAGUGGCAGCACAGUUCAGGUUUGAAAUUUUUUUCUCAGAACAAAUCCACAAAACAAAUGGAAAAUAUUCUUUGGAUAGAUGAAACCAAAGUGGAGAUGUCUGUAUACAAUAUAUGUCGCCACAUUGGUGAAAGCAAAAUGCAGCAUGUCACCACUUCAUUUCAGCUGUCAAUCAGGGUGGAGGAGUGGUAAUGAAAUGCACUUUUUUGUGGCCGCAGGACCUGGAAACUUUGCAAUCAUCAACCAUGAUUUCAUCUAAAUACCAAAGAAUUUAUGGAGUCAAAAAUGAAGCGAUCGGUCCGACAGCUGAAGAUCAAUUCCAAUUGUUUGGGGUUUUUUACACGACAUUGGUCUGAAGACCAAACUUCAACUUAAUUGAAAUGCCAUGUUUUUUAGUUAUGCUGUCCACUGCUUCUGAGUUUUGCUUAAACAACUUCACCAAACGGUUAAGGUUGCAGUUUUUUAACUUUGAGACAAGGUAAGAAGCAUAUUAAUUUUUAGUAUAUCCUGUGAUGCAAAAUAUUAGAAAUGGAGGGAAGUAGUUUUUCUUUUUUUUUAUACUUAUUUGUAGAUUGGAUUAAGGGAAAGAAAAUAAUAGCAAGAAAGUUAUGUUUAUUUUUCCUUUACAAAACUCUAACUGUGUAGCCGACAACAAAUAAACAAAUACAAUAAUACAAGAGGACAAAAUAUAAGCAUAGUGAUUAAUCAUAAUGUUACAAACUGUAAAAUACUGUAAAUCAUAUGAAAAUCCUAUUUAAUUUAAGGCAUCACAGAUUAGUCUAAGCAAUGUUUUUUUAUUCUAUUUUGUUUACUGCAAUCUUCAAAUUUGAUGUUUCUGUACAUUUCGAUGAAUGGGUUGAUGACUGAAUGCUCCCAAAAUAACAUUACAAAGUUGACAUGCCCAUAUCAAUUGUGCUGUUUUCAUUGUUCUUUUCUUUAAGGUUAUGUAUGCAAAACCUCCCAAUUAAAAUAGCAAUACUGUGACAGUGACUGUGCGUAACUGUUUGGGAAUUAUUUUGUAUCUUUAAAGUAAAUCCAAGUGGACUUCUGCUUGUCUUUCAUGCUUUUAUUUGAAAUUAAAAUUGUUUUUCACAAUGUCCCAGAGGAGCCACAGUACA